AUGCAAUUUUCCACCAAAGACCGCGAUAACGACCUUUCCAUGAAUUUAAACUGCGCAGUUUACUUUGAAGGUGCCUGGUGGUACAAGUCUUGCUUUCAGAGGGCGGAGCAAGAGCGUCAGGCAGAUCUUCUAGAGGAGUCCUGUAAGACGGACACAGGUUCUCGUCCCGCUAAUUGUUAUGAAGCAUUGGAGGAAUCGCAGAAAAGCGGCGUUACUGUGAUCCGUGUGCCGGAGUAUAGCCAGAAGUCAUUUAAGGUCUCUUGUGAUCAGGACACCAAUGGCGGAGGAUGGACAAUAAUCUUAAGGCGAACGGAUGGCAGCGAGGACUUCUAUCGCGAAUGGGAGGACUACGAAAAGGGAUUUGGCCGAGCUGAUGGUGAAUACUUUGUGGGAUUGGGCAGGUUGCAUGCAUUGACCUCUUCGGUUCGUCAGGAACUUUUGAUCCUUAUGGAGGAUUAUGAAGGAGAGCAGCGCUACGAAUUGUACAAUAAUUCAGGGUCGGUGGUAAGGCCAAGAACUACACUCUAG